AUGUGGAGACAAAGGCUUCUUUCGCCUAUCCUAUCUCCCGGCAAAUUUGCAGAGUACCUGGUUGACGAGUUCAAUAAAAUUAACGCAGUCUGUUCGGAUUCGCCCGGCACGGAACCUACGGCUGCCGAAGUAGGUGAAUUACCUUCGCCUGUUGCAAAAAGAGCAGAUGGGGUCUAUGAUGGAGCUUUGCGGAAGGAUUGCGGCGAAGUUUGUAAAUCGAACAAUCGCUGUGGGCCUUGUGAUCUCGAUGACUUAGAUCCAGAAGACGUCAUUCCGACGGACACUAUGCCCAAUAACCCAGCUCCUUCUACACCCGUUGAUUCUUCGCCAACGAAGCCGGUGCCAGAACUCCCUGCUCCCAGCAGUACGGCUCCCAGCAACACUUUCCCGAGCGAUAAUGCCCAGGACGACUUUGCUACCCCUGAACCAGCUCCUAGUGCGAAUGAUCCCACCCCGGGGGACUCAACCUCCACAAAACCUGUCCCACCAAAGGAAACAGGACGUCCUGACAAUGCUACUACGGCCAUUAGCGUAGAUGGGAAAUGCUCUUUAAAUGUCUCAUGCACAGGAUCCAGUUUUGGUGACUGUUGCAGCACCAGUGGGUAUUGCGGGACUGGAUCUGAAUGGUGCGGUUACACGAAUUGCUACUCAGGGUCGUGUGAUAUGUCUCUCGGAGGUGUAAGCACGGAUGGGACCUGUGGUCCAAAUUAUCGUGGCAACAUGACAUGUGUGGGGAGUGCAUUUGGAGAGUGUUGCUCAACAUCAGGAUUCUGUGGGUCUUCGUCACGACAUUGCGGCAUUACAGUCUGCUAUUCUGGAAAAUGUGAGGGCAGCACCAAUAUUGGAGACGGUGGGGCAAAUGGGGAUAAGGAGAAGGAAGAUAAAGGUGGGGAGGAUAAGUCCAAGGAAGGUAAGGACGAGGAAGAUAAGCGCGAGGAAGUCAAGGAUAAGGAUGCGGAUGGAGGUGACUAG